AGAGAGGAGAGGGGGAAUAGAGAGUGGAGAGGGGGAAUGAAGAGAGGAGAUGGGGAAUGAAGAGAGGGGAGGGGGAAUAAAGAGUGGAGAGGGAAUAAAGAGAGGAGAGGGUGAACGAAGAGUGAAGUGGGGAAUGGAGAGAGGAAUAAAGAGAGGAGAGAGGAAUAAAGAGAGGAGAGAGGGAAUAGAAAGAGGAGAGGGGGAAUAGAGAGUGGAGAGAGAAUAGAGAGAGGAGAGAGGGAAUAAAGACGAGAGGGGAAUAGAGAGGAGAGAGAGAAUAGAGAGAGGAGAGAGGGAAUAGAGAGACGAGAGAGGAUGGGGAAUAAAGAGUGGAGAGAGAAUAGAGAGAUGAGAGAGGGAAUAAAGAGAGGAGAGGGUGAACGAAGAGUGAAGUGGGGAAUGGAGAGAGGAAUAAAGAGAGGAGAGAGGGAAUAGAGAGAGGAGAGGGGGAAUAGAGAGUGGAGAGAGAAUAGAGAGAGGAGAGAGGGAGUAGAGAGAGGAGAGAGGGAGUAGAGAGAGGAGAGGGGGAUGGAGAGGGGAGUAGAGAGAGGAGAGGGGAUAGAGAGAGGAGAGGGGAUAGAGAGAGGAGAGCGGAAUAGAGAGAGGAGGGGGGAAUAGAGAGAGGAGAGGGGGAUGGAGAGGGGAAUAGAGAGAGGAGAAAGGGAGUAGAGAGAGGAGAGAGGGAGUAGAGAAAGGAGGGAGUAGGGAGAGAAGAGAGAAUAGAGAGACGAGAUACGGAAUAAAGAGAGGAGAUGGAGUAGAGAGAUGAGAGAGGGAGUAGAGAGAUGAGAGAGGAGAGAGGGAGUAGAGAGAGGAGGGAGUAGGGAGAGAAUAAAGAGACGAGAUACGGAAUAAAGAGAGGAGAGAGAGUAGAGAGAUGAGAGAGGGAGUAGAGAGAUGAGAGAGGGAAUAAAGAGACGAGAGAGAGAGGAGAGAGAAUAGAGAGAGGCUGGUGAGGGAACGAGUGUUUACAGCUGCUGUAGUGUAAGUGAGAACAGGAAGAGGCGGAGUGCUGAUCAGCGUGAUGGACCUGCGUCAGGUGAUCACAUGACCGUGUGUCUUGCAGAUUAAAGGGAGUGUGGCCUAUCUGUGUGUCAGACUGAAGGAGGCAUGGUCUUUGUGGGAAAUAUUGGAGGUCCUCCUGGGUGUCUCUGGAGUGGGUCUGGGAGAGUGCGCACCUGUGUGUGUGUGUGUGUGUGUGUGUGUGUGUGUGUGUGUGUGUGUGUGCGUGUGAGCCGCCAUGCUGGCGUGUCUGCAGCCAAGCCUCAAUGCCACACACAGCUCCAAGAGCCUGGACACACCCGGUGUUCGCAAACGUGAACCAAGCAUGACUGUCCAGUCUCCACGCUACCCGAGCACGGCAGAACUGGAUGCCUACGCCCAGAAGACGGCCAACAGCCCGCUGUCCAUUAAAAUAUUUCCUACCAACAUCAGGGUCCCACAGCACAAGCAUCUUAACCGCACAGUGAAUGGUUAUGACACAACGGGUCAACGCUACAGCCCAUACCUCCAACCAGGUGCCUACCAGGGCCUUCUGGCUAUCGUCAAAGUCUUUUCAACAUCAUCUUCGUCUUCGUCCUCUUCUUCUUCAUCAUCAUUUGUCGCUUCCGCAAAGGCUGUGGUGAAGAACUCAGAGGGCCGGCGGACUAAGGUCUCUCCUGCCCACUUAGCAGUGGCUCCCUACCAAGUGGGCUUCAGUGCGGCUCCUCCAAAGCCCCAUGAGUCUGCAGCUCUUACUGUGCCGCCGAACGUCACGGUUGCUGGGUCUGUGAUCCCUCUAGCAGGGACGAGAGGGAUCAAUCUCUCCUCUCAGUCAAAUCUCCCGUCAAUCCAGAGCAUCAUCUACCAGAUCAACCAGCACUGUCAGGCCCAGGCCCUCCAGCAAGUCUCCACGGUUCCCCCGAACCCAAAUUCCAAUCCCAGUCCUUGCAAGCAAGGCACCACUGCACUUGGGGUUUCAUCCGUCUCAGGAGGGAGUUACGCAGCAAAUCUGGCACCGAAAGGGAACGUGGGAUACUCUGGCGCGGUACUAGCAGGACAGAACGGGGAUGCAGCAAAGGUGACUGCGUAUUCCGAGAGUUUGGAUUACAUCCUCUGGCACAAGCAGCAACAGCAGCAGCAAGCCAUUUUGAGGAUGUACAGCGGGGGAAGUGGUGGAAGCGGUGCGGUGAGCAAGUCACCAGAAUCUUGUGGCCCAAGCAUCCUAGUGGGUGGAUCCCAGGCAUCCUGUUCCUCCAGGACAUACCCAAUAAUGACGAGCGUGAGUGGAGGAGGCGGCCUCGACAAACUGAGCUCCUCACCAUUGAACUGUGCCGCCAUGCAGGGGAAUUUCGCUUUGGGGCAGUAUUUUGCCCCAGCAUGGAACAGUGUCCUGGUCACCCCAGAAAGUGACUGCUACAACCCUCAGGAGUUGCCACCAGGUACAACAACCAUUGGGCAGAAGGAGCUGGGCUUCCUGCCUCAUCAACACCUUCAUCAUCACUACCACCAUCAUCACCAACACGCACCCGCAGACAGCUCAGGAGGCAUCUGCUGUGGUUUGCCAAGUAAAAGCCUGUGCAAUGCUUCUGUCCUUAGUAGCAGUUUGCAGUCGCUGGAAUACCUGAUCAACGACAUCCACCCUCCGUGUAUUAAAGAGCAGAUGCUGGGUAAAGGCUAUGAAACCAUCUCAGUACCACGACUUCUGGAUCAUCAGCAUGCGCACAUUCGGCUUCCUGUUUACAGAUAAAGCUCCGAUCUACGGUUCCACAAAUCAGAGAUCAUUUUAAUCAAAAGUGCAGAUGGAUUUGUGGAUUGUGGUCAGUCCCGUGCUUUGAAGCAGAGUGGAAAGGUCUGGAUGGUGAUUGGUUGGACAUUGGAAAGGUCUGGAUGGUGAUUGGUUGAACAUUGGGAAGAUCUGGAUGGUGAUUGGUUGAACACUAUGGUUAUGGUUGAAGACAGGGAGGAAAGUGAAAGUUGGAGAGAAUUUUUUUUUAUAUUUUAUUUUUUGCCAACAGGGAUUUUUACGUUUUUAUUUUCCCCCAUUUUAUUUUCUCCACAUGAUCUGUUUGGACAGAAAUCACUUUAUGUACGAGCAGGAAAUGACUUUCCUCACUCAGACGUGUGUGUGGAAGAAGAAUACAGCUUCAAAAUGUCAACGUGCACAGUUCUAGAGGAGAUGGCAUCCACUGUCGCGAAGGAAAUGCUGUAGGAUCCGUGCGUUUGAGUGUUGUUUAAGGAUGUUAGUUAUAUUACUUUAAAAAAAAAAACAAAAAAAAAAACAA